UGAACAUUAAUCUUCGACUAGCCACGAUGGCACCGACAGGUGUCCUCACCGCUAUGGAGAAGUGUUGCGUCUGGUCACUGAUGGUUUGUGGAUUGCUGCCGUUUCGUUUGGACACCGCGGAAAAUCGGUUUGUGUUAAGUGCCCCCCACUAUUGGGGCAAUGUGGCGGGCACCGUGGUCUAUGCCGUCACAUCACCAUUCACCUACUGGAUUCCGAUCAGCGGAAUAGUGCAUCCGAGCACACCGCUUAACUACUACAUGAUGGUGAUACAGUUCCUGUUCAUGUACAUCGUUGUAAUAAUGUCGCGCCUGAAAGCUGUAGCCAACCGAGGAAAGCUCUGCCAGUUGCUAAACGCUCUGCUGGCACUGCGCGAGCAGACGAUGCAGGGCGCGCCAGGCGUAUCGUUUGCCCCAACAUUGGCCCGCAAGCUGCUCGCAAAGCUGCUGGUAUUCGACCUGGGGAUGCUGAUUCUGUGUGCAUCCUUCUUUCGCACGUUUCUGGACCUGAACCUGUCGUUGUUUUAUUCGUUUCUGGGAUUCUUGAACCUGCUGCAGGUGAGCAGCAUGAACGUUGCCAUCAACUUUCUUCUGUUUGUGCUGUACAAUGCUGUCAACAUCCACAUGCUUCUCAAUGCUCGUUGCAAGGAUGUCGCGUGUGGGCCAAGCGCUCCGAAAGAAACCGUGCGCCUGUAUCUGAUGCACACGGAGACGACCCUCAUCGUGCAAAGCAUCGUGGAGGUCGUGAGCAUGCCGAUACUACUGUUGUGCAUCUGGUUUUUCUUCAUCAUCGUGUUUUCGGUGUUCUACACGUACACGAGCGUUGUGCAGGAUCUCCAGUCGGGCUCGGUGAAUGUGUUCCGGAAUGUGAUCAACCCGGUUUCGUUCUUCAUCAGUGAGGUAGCGCAGGUCUACUUUCUGGUAUCGGCGUCGGCCAUGUUUACUGCCUGUGCGCGAAAAAUCAUUUCGUACGUGAGCCUGUACACUGGACGCAUUUCGGACGGCCCAGCAGAUCAAGCGGUCAGCCGACUGACUAGUGGUGCAGCAACGGUGGAAAACAACUUCCUAACAAUGCAAAAUGUGUUCUCCAUGUACAUUACAGAUCGAGCUGCUCACCAUCGAGCAUUUGAGCCGGGACUACACGAUACGCAUAAAAGGACUGUUUGCGGUGGACAACACGAUGCUGUUCUCGGUAAGUAUUCGGGCUUUGGCGUAAGCGCGGCGAGUUUAUUAACGGGCACUUGUUUUGCAGAUCGUCGCCACCACUACCAGCUACAUGAUUAUUUUAGUGCAAUACUAUCUCCAGGAAUGAGUCCUCCGAAGUCCAUCCCCAACAUGCGCUUCGGAUCAAUAAAUGUAGCAGCAUCAGGCAUCGGUGUCGUGGGGAAAACCAGGCACGCGUGCAAUCAUAAUAUAUGUAUGUUCAUUUGCUAACAGUAACGGGCGUCGUUCCGUCUUCGGUCGGCCAAUUUGCAUUCCGGGCGCUCAGUCCUCAACAAUGCAAGCUCAUCGCUGGUGGACCGUUGUCGAAGGCUUUGUGCUGAAGUUUGUGUUUGGCAUUUUGCCGUUACAUUUUGAUCGUCACAGGCGGC